UCAAGAUUAGGAACACGAUAGAUUGCAAACGCUGAAUUCCGUUUAGUAGAUUAACGCUAAAAUAUUAUCUAAAUAAAAGCUACAUUUUAAGCUACAUAUAAUUUUAAAAUUAUGUCGUUUUUUCGUUCUCGAUUACUUUUAGCGGUGCUGCUGGUUCUUGCGAGCACUGCAGCCGACGACCAGUUGAACGAAUGCGUGACUCCGCCGACGACGACAACGACGACGGAUGAACCUGAUCCACCGUGUAAUUGCGACGAUCUCUGCGGGGUAAUUGGCUUGGGCAACAGAGAGUCCGCUCAGGGAGUUCUGCAAGAGGACAGUGACAAAGAUGGCGAUCCGACGAUUUGCGCUAGCAGCCGGGAAAUGAAGCAUCGAACUUUUCACAGCGUCUGCCACAUGAUGUGCCACAAUAGCUGCACCACUUUUCGCCUCUUCCGCAUGAUGCGUGGUGAUAAGAAAGUUUCUUUUAUCGCCAGUUACAGAAACAAUUUUUACAAACUUCACGACGGUGCGUGCUAAAGAGUAUAUGCCACUUGAGCACCAAACACCGUCUCGUGCGCAAUCUGCUACGGCAAUAAAAGUAAAUGAAGAGAGGAAGGAAAAAGGAGACAAUCCGGGGCACGUAAAGAGCAAGCAACAGUAGAAAUCCCCAUCGCACGUGAGCGCGCGCCACCUCUCACGAAGACAGAUGCUCGAGCGGCGACGAGGACGAAGCAUUUAGCAAUCGUAUUCGUUCCUCUGCUCGAGAGAGGCGCGAGCCAACCAGGCUUGGCAAUUCUCAUUAACAAGCUGAGCUGGUGUGCGCGCGCCAAGCUCUCGGGAAUAAACAGCCAAUUAAAAUGGCAGAACGCGCAGGGCGCAAAUGACGUCCUUUCUCAAUUAGGCGAUACGGGGAAAUGCGCGAGGCACGCGGCAGCGACCCCCCGACCUCCGCUAUUCCGCUACUCGAGGAAUGCUACCUCGCGUGUGAGGCUCUUCAAGAAUUAGCCGCUUGUUGGAUAUUUGGCAGCAGCAGCAGCAGCAGCAGCUUGCAGCGAGCGACAUACGCUGCGCGCGCAAACUCGCUUGGGCGCUGCGCAAAGUUUUUGGUGCUGGAAAUUCGGCGGUGCUCUCAAAGGCGAUUAUUCAGGCGAUGCCAAAUAUUCAUUCCUCUGCGAGAGCAUUUCUGCGCGCGCCGACGUAUUUUGAUGAAUUUAUUCACAAGCUUGUAUUUCAUGUGCCCGACGCUGGCUACCUUCACUUUGUUGCUCACUUGUUGCUUCGUUAUAAUAAGUUGUGAGCUCGAAGAAAGUUUCGAAAAUUGUUCGAGAUAGAUCUUAUUCUGUUUGCGUUGCUCCGAUGUAACUUGAAUUUCAGUAGAGUUGCCUCCACGAGUUUGCGGGGCAUCGAACUUUUUGCUCAACUGUACUCGCGAAUGGUAUUUAUAAUAAAAUUUAUUAUGUAAGUAUGA